CUUUACUCAAAUCGGUUAGUCCCCGCAGAAAGUUGCCCAUUGUCGGAGAUUGUGGGUACCAUGCUGAUGCUGACAUCCGUGCGAUGCUAUACAUGACCUACUCUCGCAUGGAAUUUCCUGUUGAGCAGAAUUGCAAGGGACUUGCAGCUAUAAAAUGCGUAUAUGAGCCCAAAGACACCAUUAUCAACACAAUUUUAGCACAGAAUUCCGGAUACUCAAUAGCAUCGCCUCUGCAAGCUUGGAACCGAGCAUUACUCCGUCUUUUAGAGAGAUUACAACAUGGCGAGUAAAAGCUGUGGAACGUGCAGAGAUCGUCGAAUUCUCUGCGAUCGGGCUCUCCCAACUUGCUCGCAGUGUUCUCGGUCAAACCGGCCCUGCAAAGGGUAUGAACUCCGGCUAUCCUGGCCAAAUGCAAACGAUAAGAGGCGCGCAGUGGUAAGAAAGUCGUCAUUAUUCAAGAGAACGAACACAACACGCCAAUUCUCCGAAACCCUUCUGGUUAAUGUCUCGCACUGGGAUAUCGAUAUGCAUCAUUAUCUCUCUGGGUUAGAUGUCGACUACAGAAAAUUAGUUAUACGUAGGCCUCCUAGGUCAUUCAACCCAGUUCACCUCGGGAUCGAGGAGCAUUACUUGUUUCAAUAUUUUCAAUAUAUCGGCUCCAGCUCUUUAACUACAUUUGGAAAUGAUCCUAUGGAUAUGGGUAAAUUGCUCAUUCGAAUGGCCUUGGCGAAUAAUACGCCAUCGGCCACGGCAAUACGACAGUCUUUACUUGCCUUCUCAUCACUGCAUCGCAAUAGAUUACAGUCGCAGGCAGCAGAGUUCAAGGUUUCCGCCAUCAGAGCCUUAGGCGACGCUACAAAGAGGGAGAUCGGCACUAUGGAAGCGUUCCAGCAUGUUGCUGCUGGAAUGCUCUUGUGUUCAUUUGAGAUCCACCAAACUUCAUGUACUUCUAACCAGUGGAAGCCGUUCUUGGACGGUGCCCAGGGCAUCAUUCAGGCAUUCUCUCUUAGCGCAGUGGACCAGGAUAGUGAAUUAGGUAUAUUGUUGGACUGGGUAUAUUACCAUGACGUCUUAUCCACUUUCAGUGUCUUACACUGGCAACCCCGGCCAAUGGGAAUUAAAUUAUUUCCCGCAGAUAAUUUGACAAUGAAGAUGGGACAGUCAACUCCGUCCAGCUUUUCCGCAGCUCUAAAGCUAUUUUCAGAUGUUUGCAGCGCAGUAGCUUCAAAGCCGCCAGAAACCAUGUCUGCACAGGAACUUAGUGAUUACAAAAAAUUCUUAAACGUUCUCGGGUGGAGGAUUAGAACGCUUCCCACCGUGAUCGAAGAUAGCCACACCCAUAUUUCUACGACGACGACCAUGGAAUUAUUCCAACUUGCCAUGCUUGUCUAUCUCAAUCGAGCAACCAAAAACUUACUCGAGACGGGGGAUAAAACUCAAGAACGGGUUGAAAGAGGGUUAUCCAUAUUAUUCAAACUCGGCUCUUGCAAACCGCAGUUCCCGCUGUUUAUAUUGGGGUGCGAAGCAAAAACAGAUCUUGAAAGAUGCACUGUUCUUGAGCUGAUGGCUAAGACUGAAACUAUGGCUUCGUCACGAUCCCAUUUUUAUAUAAAAAGAUUGAUCCAGGCUAUUUGGGUGCAAGACGACCUUGCUAAUGGGGGGCUGGAUUAUAUGGUUAAGUUAAGUGCUAUUAUUAGCUCUUGUACUAUUUUGCCAUCUUUCGUGUAGGUUCAGUAUCCAGACAUAGAGAUGCACAAGAAACAUAAAUUG